CUGUUUCAUUCAUCCCUUCAGCUGAGUCUUGGUAAACGGGUGUCAAGAUGAGAUCCAUGGUUAAUCUCCUUCUGUUCGGCACAGCGUUACUGCUGGCUGUUUAUGGUGCUGCCAGUGCCAAAUGUAGGGAUCCCACAGAUGAAGAAGGGCUUUCAACAGAUGAUGAUUUCCUAGAAGCGGUGUUACGUCGUUGGCAUGUCCUUGGGGACGACGACGACGACGACGACAGUUGUAAAGAUGACAGCAAUGACAGGGCGAAGCGGUCUGCUGACUAUGGCUACAACGGCUUCAAUGACUUUAGUCCUAACCUACUUGCAUCCAGAGGCGGCCUCGGCAGCUACAGCGGCUACGGCAAAACCUACGGCGGGGGCUACCAGAGAUUCCAGACUAGUUAUGAUGUGCCCAAACCAACCUACCAGAAGUCAUUCAAUGAAGGUAAAUGGCAGCUGGACAACAAGCAUAUGGUGAAGAACUACUUCAAGAAAGGCACCUACGAGACGGCCAAGAAGUUCUUCAUCGCUCUGCCAUUCGUCAAGAUCAUUCCCGUGAAGACUACAACGUCUAUCGACUACGUUGGGCGGCUGCAGACGUAUGACGGCUACAAGGUGAGACUGUGCAAAUACUGCAAUAGCGGCCAUCCACAGAUCGAAUUCCAGUCCCUGGGUAAACCUCACCGCAAUGUCAUCCGUCGUUUUAACUUCCUUCCCAACACCAAGAGGUCAAGGACGGAGUACGGUGAGCCCAAGAUCAUCCAGACUGGUCAAGCUCGUGUCAGCAAUGGAGACAGUUAUGGCGGAUCCUACGGCAAUGAUGUAUUUGGAGCUCACUAAGGGAGACGACUCUCAUUACCUUACACCCAUACGUUGGAUAUGCCUAGAAUCUCUCGUCAAAACAGCUAUGUUUGAUAUGCGAAUAAACGUAUAUUGAUCAUUGAUUGUUUAUAUAUUGCAGUGAAAAUCCGCGUAAUGGUUUAGUUGGCACUUUACAAGACUUUACGACCGCAAGCCUAGGGUGCUGGUAGAAUAUCCUAUUGAUUGAUCAGUGAUGUGUUUUGAAUAGUACCAACUUAAUCUUAUGCUGUUAAAAAAAAAUAAUAGUAUGUAUUGUAAACACUUGUGUGACAUGAAUGACCUGUCGCUAGGCAACAUUAUUUACACUUUUUUCGGACGUCCAAAAGAAAGACAUGUGUAGCUAUUGUUCUUAAUAAAAGCAAAUAGGUA